UUUUUUUUUAUCUUUAGCUAGGUAACAGCUGGAAUAUUGACUAUGCUUCUAGUCACCAAAUUAUAAGUAGUACGCGAUUGCCCCGAAGAAGAUGCAGAAGGUUCAUUGGAAAUUUUCCUGAAAUGAAGUGUUUCACUUAGGUGGGAGAGAAUGGAUUCGCAAGAUUUAUUCUCCUUGGAGCAGAAAGGACUAACAAUGAAUUGCCAAGCAUCUGGCUGUGGACAGAGUUACUACACCCCAUAUGCCUCUAGGGUGGUUAAUGGAAUUGAUGCGAGGCCAUACAGCUGGCCAUGGCAGGUUUCGUUGCGAGUUGGAUAUCCAGGAAGCAAUUCGUUUUCUCACACUUGUGGUGCGACGCUAAUUUCCUCAAACUGGGUUAUGACAGCAGGCCAUUGUAUCUCCUAUGGAAGGGAAUACCGUGUGGUACUGGGAGAGUAUGACAGAGAUGUUGAAGAGGGUGCAGAGCAGUUCAUAAAGCCCAGUGGUAUCUUUGUUCAUCCACAAUGGAAUAUGAACUGUGUGGCCUGUGGGAAUGAUAUCGCUUUAAUCAAGCUCUCAGAGAAUGCAGUCUUGAAUGACAAAGUUCAGAUUGCUUGUAUUCCACCUUACGGUGAAAUUCUUCCCAAUAACUUUUAUUGCUACAUUACUGGAUGGGGCCGGCUCUACACGAAUGGACCACUUCCAGCAAAGCUACAGCAAGCUUACAUACCAGUUAUUGACUAUGAGCAUUGCAGUGCACCAGACUGGUGGAGCACUUCUGUGAAAGAGACCAUGGUUUGUGCUGGAGGUGCUGAAAAGUCCGGAUGCAAUGGAGACUCAGGUGGACCUUUGAACUGCCAGGGUUCUGAUGGACGCUGGUAUGUCCAUGGUGUAACCAGCUUUGUGUCAGCCUAUGGAUGUAACACCUAUAAGAAACCCACAGUCUGGACUCGAGUAUCCGCCUUCAAUUACUGGAUUGCUCAGGUAGGUACCAUUUUCAUGCAGAAAGGAAUGUUAAUAUGUUGGACUUGUUAUGCAGAUCAGAAAUGA